AUGCCAAAACGGUCAAGAGAACGAUCGGAUGAAGUUGAGUCAGAGCUUGGGAAGGAUAAAAGGAAGAGAAAUAACAAUGAAGACAAUCAAAGCGUCUUGAUUGCACAGAUCAUCCGCACUAUCUUGGGUAGAGAAUUGAAAGGACAACUCAUAAGAAGAGACCACAUCAGUCCUAUUAUUUCGAAAAGCAAAGCAAGUUAUAAUACUAUUAUGAGUGAAGUUACAUCAAUAUUAGAAGACGUUUACGGCAUGACAUUAAGCGAAGCCCCCGUGAAUAAUAAGGAAAGUUCUAAACAUAGAGAAAAUCUGAAAUCGAAGCAGUUAUUUUUGCUAACAAACUGUAUGAAUACAAAAUCUAAGGAUAUAUUGGGACAGCUUUGGAGUAAGAAUUUUACAGAAACCCCCAAUACAGAUAUAAAUGCCAUCAAUGUGGAUCAAAAUGAAUUCUUUUUACCCAAACAUAGUAGAACCUCAAACCCUUCUAGCAACCACGAGUUGGUCAAGCAAGGAAUUUUGCUCUUGGUGAUAUCUUUAUUGGUGCUUAAUGAAAAUCGAUUAUUAGAACAUGAUUUGGUCAAAAUAUUAAAGUCCUUUGGACUCGCUGACAAUUUGAACAUCAAAAAUACGAAUUAUAAUUUAAAUAUUUACGAAUUGGUUGCUGACUUUGUCAAGAAGGAUUAUCUCAGCAAGCAACAAUUAAAGGGCUCUACUGAAUCUUCCACUGUGGUUGAAUUUGCAUUAGGAAGACGCGCUCUUGUGGAAUUUCCUCCAGAGUCACUAUUUUCUUAUUUCAAGAUAAUCUACGGAGAGACAUUUGACAGACACACAGCUGAACGCGUGCUUAUCACUAUAGAAAGAGCUCUCGAGAUACUUCCUAAAGACUUGGAGGCCAUGGAUCCCACUUUACAAGAAGAGCCUACUAUGACUUCGGUGGUGCAACAAAUUCCUUCGCCUAGUCUUGUUAUCCAGUCCCUAGAAGACGACUUUACUCACGAUGACGAGUUUGCAGAUUAG